AUAAACGGAUCAAAAUGUCCAGAAGAUAGUGUUUCAAGUGAAGACGGUAUAUGUAAAUGUGUAUCACCAUGUCCACCGCACAAAUGUGAACGAGGUGAAAGACCGGUUCAAGUGAGACCAGCUUCAGAAACCCCAGGAAGGUGCUGUGCUUUAUACGACUGCGUUCCUUCAGAACCGAUAUCCUAUGUCGGUGGAGACGAUGGACUUCCCAAAGACUGCACAGAUUCUGGAGUACGCCAUGCCAUCGGUGAACACUGGCAACAAGGUCCUUGUGUCAACUGCACGUGCGAAGAAAUCAAUCAGAUGGGAAGUGUCUCUUGUCAUUCAACUAUGUGCAAAAGUUGUGAAAGUGCUGCGCCUUUGGUAGAAGGAGAAUGUUGCCCACAUUGUCUUGAACAUACCAAUGAGACACAAAUCUUCACAACCACCCCCAAUCUAUCCGAUAAGACUUGUGAUUCUCUGGAGCCCUGUGAGCCGCCUUGUCAUCUCCGGGCUGCUGACAACUUUGACAGUUGUCCUACUUGUGAAUGUUCAACUGACGAGAAUACAGCGAGCCCAGAUCCAACGGACAAAAUUUGCCCCGAGCUACCGCACUGUGGUCUCCAUUGUGUGCUUGUGAAGGACCAGGGAGGUUGUCCUGUUUGCGCUUGUGAGAGCAAUCCCGAACAUGACGCUACUGUUAUCCCAGUAAACGCUCCUGGAACUCUAGUUGAGAAGGACGACUCGGGAAUCAUCUGUCCGCAGCUCAAAUGCGAUUUGCACUGUGAGCAUGGUCUUGUCAUGGAUGAAAACGAUUGUACACUCUGCCAAUGCAAACCUCAGGCCAUUGGUUGUCCACCGCUUAUUGAAUGCAAGAAGAAAUGUUCCUAUGGAUAUAAACUCAAUAGACGUGGUUGUCCGAUAUGCCGUUGCCGUGCCGUUUGUGUAGACCGAAAAAAUCGUACACAUUCGGAAGGUUCAUCUUGGAAUCUUGAUGCUUGUACGUCUUGUACAUGCGAUCUCGCUGGUAGACUAAGCUGCAAAGAAACAGUGUGUUCUGUCGCGUGUUCAAAUCCUCUGCCACCAUCACAAGACACCUGUUGCCCAGUUUGUCCUAUCAAUCAGGAUGCUAACAAUAAAAAUGAGACUCAUCAAGGCACUAGAGUAGGCUGGGGAAUAGUGCCCAUUACUUUGAUAGCUGUUCUAACAUUUCUCUGCGCAAUUCUCAUGAUCUUCUUGGUAAGAGGACGAUUUCGUGGUCGACUUUCUCCUUCAACAAAUCUUUAUACUUCAUACCCGGCUCAGUACUAUAAAUGUGUGCCGGCUUACGAAACUCCGAUACAUCAGAAUGAAAAAGUUGUACCUUUGUAA